AUGUUGAAGAGCAUGAUAUUGCAACAUGAAGACCUCAGCAGAGAGAUGGAUAAGCCCAUGGAGGUGGUGUCAGAAAUGGAGGAGAUGAAGGCAGAGCUGGAACAGGUGAUGCAGGAGCUGGAGGAAGUGCAACAGAGGCAGAAGGAGCAGCAGCAGCAGUGA